AUCGAGUAAAUUUAAACAUAUACUAAUCAGAAGCAAUCUAAAUAACCAGGAGAACACGUGUAACAUUCAGUGACUGUAAUUAGUAACAUGGAUCUGUUUUUUCCAGUCUUCCAGCAGCAGCGUGAUUGUACUGCUACAGACGGUUCCGGGGAUGAUACAACAACAACAGGUUCCGGGGAUGAUACAACAACAACAGGAAUACAGUGUCCACCGAACAGUCAUUAUGGAACGGUCAGUGGUUGUGAUAUAACCUGUAGCCGUUUAGCUAAUCCUAGAGGGCCCUGUGCUUUUUACAUUGGGAAGGGUUGUCAGUGUGAUGCUGGACUAUACAGACAGGCUGGAACUUCUGGCAAUUCCGUUGACUGCGUCAGACCAGAAGAUUGUAUCGUAACUUGUCCUGAAAAUAUGUAUUAUGAACCCUACGCAUCAGGCUGCCAACCAACCUGCGAAGCUCCAGAAGUGCCCAAACUAUGUAAUAAAGAAUGUUCUCCACAAUGUGUCUGUGAUGAAGGAUAUAUUCUGGAUGAUAAAACUCAUGCAUGUGUAAAACAAAGUGACUGUCCUUAGCCAUGAGUCAGCCAUAGUGCAUUCCUAUACUUCUAUAUAUCGCUGCCCUUUCCCAACAUUUCCCAUCCGCUUUUCCCAACAUUUCCCAUCCUAACGUUAGCAGGCUGAGGUCAUGAAAAGCAUUUCCUUUAUCUUCCAGGCUCUGCAUUAUUUUGUCUUUACUUUCCACUGCAAUAAUGAAUUGUUCCUGCACGCAAUAUACACUACCAUGAUAUGCUAAGAUGUAAU